CGGGCAGUCGCGCCGAGCAGUGCUACUUCGCGCAGUGCAGUGCUACCACGCAGCGAGAAGUGCACGAGAGACUAGCUGCCGACACGUGAGUCCUGCUGGUAUCCGCACUCCCACAGCCCGCUAGACCUUCGUCCGUUCAUUACGUACUCGCUGGAGGAAGAGUUGACGCCAUGUGGUCCAGGAAGACUGUUCGCUCGCUGCUGCUUGUUAGUGUGGGGCUGACCCUGGCGCUGGCUGGCGGCAUCUCCAGCUUCUACUGGGCCAACAUCUUCGACUACAUCCUCACCAAGGAGCUGUACCUGUCGCCCUCCUCGACCAGCUACUCCGUGUGGAAGGACACGCCGGUGCCCAUCAGCAUCAAGUUCUACUUCUUCAACUGGACCAACCCCGAGGACCUGGAGAUUGAGGGCAGCAAGCCGCGGCUCGUUCAGAUGGGCCCCUACGUCUUCAACGAGCUCGAGGAGAAGGUGAACGUGACGUGGAAUGACAACCACACCAUCAGCUACCAGCAGCGCCGCACCUGGUUCUUCGACGCCGAGCGCUCCAACGGCUCGCUGGCCGACAACAUCACCACCCUCAACGUGGUGGCCGUGACGGCGUCGUACGUGGCGCGCGAGUGGAACUACUUCGUGCAGAAGUCCAUCUCGGUGGCCUUCUCCACCAUGCGGCAGAAGGUGCACAUCACCAAGACGGUGGGCGAGCUGCUCUUCCAGGGCUACUCCGACCCCGUCAUCGCCAUGGGCUCCAGCUUCCCGCUGCCGCCCGGGGUGCGCAUCCCCUACGACAAGUUUGGCUGGUUCUACCAGCGGAACGGAUCGACGACGUACGACGGCGUGUACAACAUGGCGACGGGGCAGGACGACAUCCGGCGCCUGGGAGACCUGCUGCAGUGGAACCACCGCAACAGGACCGACUUCUACCCCGGGUCGUGCGGCGAGGUGCGGGGGUCCGCGGGCCAGCUGUGGCCGCCCUACCGCCAGCGCAAGGACAGCGUGCACAUGUUCUCCACCGACCUGUGCAGAUCCAUCUGGUUCGACUACCUGGACGACGUGGAGGUGAGCGGGCUGAAGGCGUACCGCUACAGCGGCGGGGCAGGCAUCGUGGACAACGGCACCCUGGACUCGGCCAACGACUGCUACUGCGGCGGCCGCUGCGUGCCGUCCGGGGUGCUGAACGUGUCUAGCUGUCGCUUCGGGUCGCCCGCCUUCGUGUCGUACCCGCACUUCCACCUGGCCGACCCCUACUACCUGCGCCAGGUGGACGGCAUGCAGCCGGAGCCCGACAAGCACCGCUUCGACAUCUCCAUCGAGCCGACGACUGGCAUACCUCUGGACGUGGCGGCUCGCUUCCAGAUCAACAUCCUGCUGGAGACCAGACCAUAUGUCACAUUGUUCCGGCGAGUGCCGACCAUCUUCUUCCCGGUGAUGUGGUUCGAGCAGCGCGCCGCCAUCACGCCCGACAUGGCCUCGCAGAUGAAGCUGCUGCUGCAGCUGCCCUCCUUUGGGCUGGCAACGUCGCUCGCCCUGCUGACUGUCGGCACGGUGCUGGUGGCCGCCACGCUGCUGUGCUGCGUCUGCUCGGGGCGUCACGGCGCUGCCGGCGACCACGCGCUGGACAAGAAGUUAGCGGGAGAGGCUGUGUUCGAGGGCCACGUGAUCUCGCCGCUGCUGGGCAAGAAGGCCCGGCCGGAGGUCUCGCAGAUUGGCCGCACGUAGCGACUCCUGAAGGCGCUCAGAGGGCACCACCAUCGAUGAAACUGUUCCUGCUACGAGGGACUGCUGUCAAUUGCCUUGCAGAAUGUUCCUGCUGCCUUGUAAGCCUUCUGUUGUCCCUCCCUGCUCAUGUUCCUCGGAGUGUGUUCACACGCGACUGGUGAGCCCAAGAAGCUCGCUACUACUCUGCGUGCAGUCCGACUCUUUGGGAGCAGGUGUGAUAUAACAAGUGCUCUCUAGUACCUACCCUAACUGGGAAAACAUGUUUUUAACUCUUUUGUGUGAUUGAAACAUGUUGUACGAAUAUGUUCACAUAAAGAGGUGACUGCGAAAGACUUUACUUUUUCAUGCAACAGAUUUUUGUCAUGCGAAACAUGUUCAGGUGCCAAAUCAAUAUGUGUUCAUGAUGUCUGUAGAAGGUUGACUGAAGACGUGUAGUCCUUUUACAUUCAGUGUUAAAGUUGCUUAUUGUCUAUUUGCAUCAAUUUUAUUGUCUUUUAUGUUCAUCUACAUAUUUAACAACUUUCUGUACUGGAAUAAUUAUCUAGAAAGUUAUUUAACUUAUUUUUACUUAAUAUUUCUCAUCUGACAUUUAAAUUUUUAAAAUAAAAAACAAGCAAUUUUUUAACUUUUAAUAGUACCUAUACAUUUUUUAAAACACUAUAAGACAGUAUGUUCGAUGUGUGAUUUCAUAAAAAUGUAUUGAUCCUAAAAAAAAUUUUCUAAAUAUAUAUGUCUGGAGAAAAAUAUUCUAAAAAUUUUAAGUGUGUGUAUAUAUAUAUAUACACACACACACACACACACACACACACACACACACUUAAAAUUUUCCGCCUUAAAAAAAAAAUAUUUUUCGAGGAAAACUUUCACCUGAGGAGCAAAUAAAACAAAAACAUUUUGUUUAGUGGUAAUUCAAUUUAUAAGUAAGUAUGUACCUACGAUAGAGUGUUAUAUCAAAUGAGCGUGAGUAGAAGCUUGUGUUUUUUAACGUUUAUGUGAAAUGUAAAAAUGUUUUGUCUUUUAAUAUAAAAUGAGAUAUCGAAACCUAAGUGCCAUAUACAAUUGUAUAACAAAUAAAAUACAAAGUUUUUUGACACACUAUUUUAUGUACAGAAUGAAAAUGUUCGCCUUAAAAUUAAGAUAUGGUAAAUAUAUAUCCAAUGUACGUUUGUUAUUUUUGUAACGUUCAAAUUGAAUGUUAAAAUUAAAUAUUUUCG